GCUCCCUAUUCACCCUUCCCAGACCCACCGGAAUCGUAGGAAUUGCUGUUCGCCGCAGCCGAUGAUGUCACCGGAUCGAAAUGAGGCGGCGAUGCCAAUAUCAAUGGCGGUGUCAGGUGCACAGGAACGUUGGCUGAUGUGAGCUGCGGCGCUCCUUCCGAGCACCCAACGCCCUCCAUGCACCCGACACGGGACGAACUCGAACUGGUAUCGCAGCUCUUUGCCUCCGGGGAGCCCAAGACGCUCGACGCCAUCACCGGGACCCACGCCCUGGCGCUGUUCGCGAACACAGGCCUUUCAGACGAGGUUCUGGGACAGAUAUGGUCCAUUGCAGACAAGGACUCGAAUGGACAGCUCUCGCGGGACGAGACUGGGGCGCUGCUGAGGCUGAUGGGAUGGGCACAGGCGGGAGUGAAGCCCAGUCCUGAUCUUUUGGAGAAGCCCGGCCCUACAGCGCGUAUUCCCUCCGUCUCCAUCCCGGGACCUUCGAAGACACCCGCUCCCGUCCUCCCACCACUGACGCCAACAGACAAGGCGAAAUUUCUGAAGCUGUUCUAUAGCAACGGACCAGUUGAAGGUUUUGUUAGUGGGGACAGAGCGAGAGAAGUCAUGUCAAAAUCUAAACUGCCCGUCGAGAAGCUUUCCAGGAUCUGGGAUCUCUCAGACCGGACAACACGCGGUGCAUUGGAUUCGACGUCUUUCGUUGUGGCCAUGUAUCUCAUCCAAGGGCUCAUGAGCCAUACUCUCUCCGCUCUUCCCGACACACUCCCGGAUUGGCUGUUCGAUCAGGCUUCUGCUGUGCCCCCGUCUCCAUCCAUUGUCAUAUCAACGACACCAUCUCAAGAUCCAUUUGCGUCUCCGCACGACGAGACUCCAAGGAGCUGGGAUAUACCAGCCGAGAUACGUGCCAAUUCAGAUCGCAUAUUUGAUUCCCUGGAUCCGCUACGAACAGGUUUCGUGUCGGACAGUGUCACGCUUCCUCUGCUGUUGGAGUCGAAGCUUCCUCCAGAUGAACUGGCGAAGAUUUGGUCCCAGGCAGAUAUCCGAGGCGACGGCAAACUCACUCGAGAAGGGUUUGCGAUUGCGCAGUUCUUGGUCAGGCAACGGUUGGGAAGCAAUGCUCGAACAAAACCAAUGCCGCCCGCGAAGCCGCCGAAUCUCGUUGACCACCGACGUGUCCGAUCCGCCUCGGCGGUGAAUGCGCUGGACAAGCCUGUGCCUCCCCUGCCGACGGGUCGGCUGCUUACUCCGACACUGCAACCAGCACCAUUCAGAUAUAGCACCGCACCGCCGCUUCCGGCUCGAGAUGUUCAGGCUGGUCUCCCAAGGCGAUCGUCAUUCGUGCUGUAUCCCACGCUCCCAACACAGUCAAGCGACGCUCUCCCCAUGCGACCCGAUCGCGCAGAGGCCGAAGCUGCGAUCGCGCGACUGAAUCGGCAAUUGCGAGACAUGCAAGACUCGAUCACACAGCUGCGCGAGACGGCGGCGCAGAAGACGGCCAUGGUGACAACCGUCACGCAAGAGAACGAGUCUCUCCGGGUUGUUAUCGAGGAGUUGCAGGUGCAGCUGGUCAACAACGAGCGCGAUACGCAUCAAGUUCUCAAUCAAGUCCUCGGCAAGGAAAACGACGCACUGCGGAAGGCUCUCAACACCGCCGAGAAGGAGCUUAAACAGCUUCAAUCGGCGAGUUCCGAUAUAGAGAUGCAGCGAAUCCAGUACGAAGAUCUUGUACGAGAAAACGAGCGCCUGUCAAGACAGAUCGAGGAGAUGCGAGAGUCGACGACCCAGCUUCCUUGGGCAGGCGGCGAUUCGGAACUACAGACGCUCAUCAACGAGGAUCUCGCGCGGGAAAACGCGCGGCUGCGGGGAGUGGAGCGCGACACGCGGGAGAACGUGGCCCAGUUGCAAGAGGCCGCAGCCGGAUUCGAGGUCCAGCGGGGAAGGAAUGCCGAUCUCAUGCGCGACAACGAGCGAUUACAGGCCACCGCGCGUCGAGUGCAGGCCAAUCUGGACACCCAGCAGCAGCAGGUUGCGCAGCUGACACGAGAACUGGAAAGAUACAAAUCGAACGCGAGGACUCCCGCGCCUGCCAGAGCAGGUCCGAGUCGAGAGGCGGAUGUUCCACCACCUGCGUACGAGGAAUUGGACUUGAACGGGAUUGUUUGAUGGAUCUGUGUAUUAUCAUCUCAAGUAAAUGUAUCCGAUGCAUAUCUACUGCCAUCUUUCCCACAGAGCGAGAGAAGAACGCGCGCUUCGACUCGUCAUCCGACGGAUGGUUCGAUAGUCAGAUCAAGCAACGUGCCACUGAGCGCAUCGAGGAACGGUGGAUGUGGAUCUUCGACCGAUGCCGCCAGAGAGAAGCACAGAGGUCUGGUGAGGUAAGGAUUUGAUGUCAUCAAUGCUCGCUGAUGGACGUUGCUAUCAUGCGUCACAUUUUAAGCAGGAAAAUGCAGACAUAUGGUCUCCGCCAACAAGGUUCGAGAGCGCAUCACAUGUCGUGGACUGUCCCUGCAUCAACGGUGUACAUCGAGUCUAAACGAAACACAAACAUUCUAGAGCCAAGCGAGAUCUAAGAAUGCGAAUCGUUUCUGGGGAUGGAACGGCCGAGAGCUUCAACGGCAUCAUGUAAAACAGCCGUAAUCGCACUUCUGGCCGCAGCGUCGGUCCCAUCACCAGUCGCACGCAAGGCCUCGAGCGCGGCGAGAUCUAUCGGCUGCCCGAAAACGACGCCCAGUUGCGUGCCCGGCCGCGGAAGAUAUUUAUACGGAAAUGCGCGACCCUCGGGCAUGAGGUGCUCAAAUCCGCUGAGCCACAUGGGUAGGAUGACGGGGAGCGCGGAGACUUCCAUCAGGACACGUCCG